AAGUCUCAGGCUCCAUGCAUCCCUCACUUGAUCUUUCUCUUGGAUCACUCGCUUGACCCGUGCUCGCCUCGUCCUGCCCUUCAUAUUUGCGAGAUUCGAGACAUUUUAGACAGUUUCAAAGAACUCAGCGGCACUACCUUGACGCCAGCAUUGCAUUCCUCUCCAUUCAUCUUUUAGUUAGCUCAGCCCCUGAGUUCCUUUCUUGACCCGAACCAUCACCUCAUAUGGUCCAUCAACUGCAUCUCCAAACCGUACCUUGACACCGUCAGCCCACCAUGCCACAAAGUGACGAUUACCAGCCCGUCCCUCUCGAGGAGGACAAGCCAUCCGAGACCGGUUCUUGGGAAUCAAGAUCGAGCCCGGACGACUUGUACAAGAUACAGGAGGCACGAAGGACAGCCAACCACUGGCUGUGGAUCGGGCACAUAGCCUUGCUCUCCAUCUCGACGACCCUCUUCACCCUCGCCACCUGCAUGAGAUAUGCGCGGCCUUCCAGUCUGGCCGUCACCACCCGGUUUUCCACUUACUCUCCGGCCGCACCCAUCGUAGAAUACAACACGCACAGAUACAACCUAACCCCCAACAUGGAUUGGUCGCCCUACGUCGGCAAAGGCCCCAAAGUCGACGAAGCAUGGGAGCAGAUCUCCCGAGUCGGCGACAUGAUGAUCACCCCCUCCGAAGUAGCCCGCCUGGGGCUCUCCCCCAACUCCCUCAAGAUCACCGACCCCAAGACCGGACAGGUCGGCUACCGCGCGGCCAUCGAGGUCUUCCACCAGCUGCACUGCCUCAACCUGCUGCGGCAGUUCAGCUGGAAAGAGUACUAUGCCCACGACCAUGAGGGUGGCGAUAUCAGUGCGCCGGCGGCUGAUGUUAGGGGGCAUGUCGAUCAUUGUAUUGAGACACUGCGGAUGAAUUUGAUGUGCCAGGCGGAUAUUGGGGUUUUUACGUUCAAGGUGUACCCGGAGCUGGGGGAUGAUGACCCGUGGCCGGACUUUUCGACGCUGCAUACGUGCAGGAACUUUGAGGGGAUAAGGGACUGGGCGCGGGGGAGGGCCGUGACGUGGGAUGAUAACGCGUGA